GUUAUUCCUAUCUCAGUUUGAUCUGUCCAGCUUCUGCCAUUCAUUUCCUCGAAAAGAGAUGUUAGAAUUAUGAGGAGACUGCAAGGUCUAACUGUAAACCUGUGUCUUCCACUCCACAUUUUUGUAAUAAGUUAUGUGUUCACACAAUACGUAAGCGUCUUUUUGUAAGUUAAUUUGUAGCUCGUGGAGACUAAUGACUAGCAAGAUAUAAACACAGUCAGCUGAGUUACGGUUUGGUAAAACAUCCGCAGUGCAUACCAUAUAUGGGCGAAACAGGACACCAAAUACUGUAUAAAUCUCAUGAUGAUAUCGAUAGAUAUCAACGCACAGAUAGGUAUCGAUAAUAUCGAUGCUUGUAUCGAUCUAUCUACUUCGACUGCCAGGAAAGGAGGGCGUGCGUUAGUUAUUGAAUGACGACCCUACCGGCGGCAGUGUUUUGGUCGGAGUGUGGACGGGACGAGACAACCUAUGAAGUAUCCCCACGAGAAAUUGGUCACAUUUUAUUAGAGCAAUUUAACCUCGGUCAGCUUUUGUUGCGUUGUUGUGGGGGACACGUGGUGCCUCGGCCGAGACGAGGUGCUUGCAGGUCGGUUGUCAGGUUCUUUGGUGGGCGAGAAAACAAAAAGUAAACAUUGUCUCUUUGUGUUAAGACUUUUUUUUUAAUCGGAGAACACGACAGCCAACGGCGAUUUUUAAUUCCUGGAUGCACACAUUUAAUCGGCUCGUGGCUCUAUUGAUGCCGAGACUGUGAGCAGUGCUAAGGGUACUUGUCGGCCACUAUGUUUUGAAAGAGAGCCAAUCAAAUCUGCUAUUCAAAUCCACGCUUAUGUCAGUGACCUACAUCUCAUGUGUGUACGCCAAGCGCCCGCAGUCUCCUCAACGCUAGAGCAGGCAGCAUGGGGAAGAACGAGGUAGACGACCAGGCGCAACCGUCUAGCCGGGUGUCCGAGACAGAACAGUCGGCCGAGCAGGGCGAUGCUGCUCAAGAGUGGAAGACGGAUGAGUGUUCAGGGGAGAGCGAUGUUAAACUCCCUCAGGAGGACAGCAACGUGCAACUGGUCGAGGCUGGAUUUAAGUCGAUCUCAUCUCCGGCUCUCGAAACUGACACGGCAGAAAGGCACGGCGCGUUAUUCUCGCCGCCGGAAGGAGGUUUUGGCUGGCUGGUGGUUUUGGCAGCCACCUGGUGCAAUGGGUCCAUCUUCGGGAUUCAGAACUCCUUUGGCAUCCUGCACAUGAUGCUGGUGAGGGAGCACGCAGACACCGAGGACAAGACGUCUCAGUUCAAAGUGGCUUGGGUCGGGUCCCUCGCCAUGGGGAUGAUAUUCUUCUGUUCACCGGUGGUCAGCAUGUUCACGGACCACUUUGGCUGUCGGAAAACUGCUGUCAGUGGGGCGCUCCUGGCUUUCAUUGGAUUGCUCAGUACAUCCUUUGCAAACUCCUUGAGCCUCCGCUAUUUUACUUAUGGCAUACUGUUUGGCUGCGGAUCCUCCUUCGCUUUCCAACCCUCUUUGGUCAUCCUCGGCCACUACUUUCGCCAGCGCCUGGGCUUUGCCAAUGGCGUGGUGACGGCAGGUGCCAGCCUCUUCUCCAUGGGUCUCCCGGUUUUGCUGAACAAAGUAGUGGAGCCGCUGGGACUCAGCAGAACCUUCCAGAUCCUCAGCCUCUUCAUGCUUGUGCAAGCCUUGCUGGCAUUAACAUUCAAGCCGUUGCUACCAGCUGGACUUUGCAUGGGACCGACGGGCCCCUCUGAGUCUCAAAAACAGGCAGGGGUGACUCCUCAAAGUGGGAACUGGUGGCAUAAGGCGUUGUUAUGGGUCAGAAAGUACUUCAACCUGCGAGUCUUUCACAUCCUCACUUACCGAGUGUGGGCAUUUGGAGUGGCUACAGCAGUAUUGGGAUACUUUGUGCCUUAUGUCCAUCUGAUGCACUUUGUCGAGGAGCAGUUCAAGGGCACCGAGAAGGAAUGGGUGCUCCUUGUGUGCAUUGGAGCGUCAUCAGGGGUGGGGCGUCUCACUUUUGGCAAAGUUGGAGACCUUAUCCCAGGUCUGAAGAAAAUCUACAUGCAGGUGGCAUCAUUCAUAGCCCUGGGACUCAUGUCCAUUAUGAUCCCUCAGUGUUCUCUCUUUGAGGAACUUAUAGUCGUAUGUGCAUUCCUGGGACUGUGUGACGGAUGCUUCCUCACCAUGAUGGCUCCCAUUGCAUUUGAGCUGGUUGGGCCCAUGCAGGCAUCACAGGCCAUAGGAUACCUGCUUGGUCUCAUGUCUCUUCCAAUGACUGCAGGUCCACCCAUUGCAGGUCUGCUACACGACUACUUGGAAGACUACAAAGUAGCCUUCUCUGUAGCUGGUGUGCCCCCCAUAAUCGGUGGAGUGAUGCUGUUCUUUGUUCCUCUGAUACACCGCCGACUGGAGCGUGGCAGCACGCCGGCAGCGCCAGAAGAGACGACCACUCGCAUGUUACCCAGUGCCCAACCGACACCAAAGAGCUGCUCCAAUGGAGACGUGCUGCCCGGCUACACUGAUGCUGAGACGCAUAUCUGACUUAUAUCGAUGGAUGAAUUUUCACGUUGUGAAAACUGAAACGUGAGCUACAGUACAUGUACAGUGGAACCACCAAAUUGGAACACGCUAAAAGUGGAACCAUGUGGAUUUCAACCCAAAUUAUUCCUCAAGUCAGGCAAAACCUGGUUGAAAUCCUUAAAAUGUGUGACAUCCCACGCAACCUCAGCCAAUGCUUGCGUGAUGUCAAUGAUGGAAAGUGUGAUGAUCACCAUAGAACGGGACAGGUCUGGCUCCUCUUUACAAUAUGAGCAAUACAGUUUUUACAAGGCUUUAUCUUUCCCAGCAUAUAAAGCAUUUAAACAACAUCGGGUGUCGGUAUCACUGUAGGAAGAUUUUGCUCUUCCCUCUAAUAUUAUGCUUCUGUUUCGGUUCUUUUAAAGUGUAAGCAGUAUUACUCAAUACAGUGGUGCCUUGAGAUAAGAGUUUAAUUCAUUCCAUAUAAACGCUCGUAAUUCAAAAUGCUCGCCUGUCAUGUCAGCUUUUUCCCCAUUGAUAUGUAUGGUAAUGCCAUUCAUCCUUAUAGCCUAUGUCAAAAAAAUCCGACAAAUACUGUUGUCAUGCGCUUUUUUAAAAAAGAAAAAUAGUACUCCAUAAUAUUAUGCUUAAAAUAAACAUUCAGUGGAGUGCCGGGUUACACCACUCAUAUCUCAAAUUUUUGUUCGCUUGCAUUCAAAACUCAAAAAACCUCGUAAGUCGGGUCACCCGUAUCUCAAGGCGUUGCUGUAUUAGUUAUGCAGUAUUUAGGGCCGAGCAGUGCGAGCUGCGGAGCUCCUAUUGUAUUUGUACAGAUAAUUUAUUUGUUAUUUUUUUCAAAGUUUAACUUUUUCCACUUGUAUGAUGGAUAGGAUUGUUACUUUAAUGACUGCUUGUACAGUUAAGCAAGGUUCUUUGAUGGUUUUGGCCUGCCUAUUGAACAGCUACACGGAACAUAUUGUGGCGACUCUUUGGAGGUUCCACUGUACCAAACAAUAUUGUCAUAUUAGAUGAAUGAAAGGAGAAACAAAAGCAAACACACAGAAUGAAACCAAGAAUAAUAACCGCUUUUGGUUUCUGGCUCGCGAUCUACUGAGCUGGUGAUUUAUUGUCUCGAGCUUGUGGUCCAUUUCUGUGACUCCUUCACUUCCUAACACCACGUCAAGCUAAAUGAUUAACUUUAGCCAACGCGUGUCAUAUUUUACUCUGAACACUACUGUUAAUUUAAUUUGACAUUUUUGUAGUUCAUUUCGGAAAGUCAUGCGCUUAAUUAAAAUGUUGUCCUUAUCCGUUGGUGCUUGCGACGCUCAGAUCAGGUGCAUUCAUCCAAGCUGGCUGUGCAAAGGACAAAGUUAUUGUUAAACUUGUCCUGUACAUGAAUAAAUGAAGCCGAACUAAGAUUUCGGGCUUUUGUAUAUAAUCACUUGUGCAGUCAAUAUGUUGAGUUACAUUUCAUUGAACAGUUGCUGACAUUCACACCUCUCACAGAACAAAUCAGUCACUCUCACCUCAUUUGACUCUUUUGGAACUAACAUAGGAAAUAAUGAUUGGAAAAAAUAGAACUAGUUAGUGUAGAAAAAUGUGUUAUUCUCCUCUGAAAAUGUGCCAUUUUUUUUCUAAUCUACUGACCUCAAUCUUUUGCCUACUCUUGUACUGUUUGUUUGCGAACUAGACCACCAAUAUGUCAAGCAGGCGCUUAAAGUCUACAUGUUAUUCACAUGAAGCUGAGCCAUGACUUUGCAAAAAUCUCUCCAACAGCACCUCAUUCACACUGCCAUGGUGUGAUUCCAGCAAGAAUAUUUUGCCAGAACCACAAUCACCAAAA